CUUCUCUCAGCUUCUUCUUUCUUCUUUCUUUUUUUCUUCAACCUUAACAACUCAUUCAUUCGAAUUUCAUUUUCAACAAUGGCCAUCACCAAAGUUCACGCUAGACAAAUCUUCGACUCUCGCGGCAACCCUACCGUCGAGGUCGAGGUCACUACCUCCAAAGGUGUUUUCCGCGCCGAUGUUCCUUCUGGUGCCUCCACCGGUAUUCACGAGGCUCUUGAGCUCCGUGAUGGUGACAAGAACGCCUAUGUCGGAAAGGGUGUUUUGACUGCCAUCAAGAAUGUCAACACUGUCCUCGGACCCGAACUUAUCAAGGCCAACCUUGAUGUCAUGAACCAGACUGCUGUUGAUGAGUUCCUCAUCCAGUUGGAUGGCACACCCAACAAGUCCAAGUAUGGUGCCAACGCCAUCCUUGGUGUUUCCAUGGCAGUCUUGAAAGCCGGAGCUGCUGAGAAGGGUAUUCCUCUCUACCGCCACAUUGCUGAUUUGGCCGGUCAUAGUGGCAAGAAGAUUGUCAUGCCUGUUCCUGCAUUCAACGUCAUCAACGGAGGUUCCCACGCUGGUAACAAGCUUGCUAUGCAAGAAUUCAUGAUCCUCCCAACCGGUGCUUCCACUUUUGCUGAAGCUAUGAAGAUCGGCUCUGAGGUCUAUCACACUCUCAAGUCCGUCAUUAAGAAGAAGUAUGGCCAGGAUGCCACUAAUGUUGGUGAUGAGGGUGGAUUUGCUCCCAACAUUCAAGACAAUGCUGAGGGUCUCGAAUUAUUGAAAGAGGCCAUUGCUUUGGCCGGGUACACUGACAAGGUUCAGAUUGGUAUGGAUGUCGCUGCUUCUGAGUUCUACAAGGAUGGCAAGUAUGACUUGGAUUUCAAGACCCCCAACUCGGACGCCUCCAAGCGCCUCACCGGUGAGCAGCUCGCCUCGCUCUACAAGGACUUCAUUGCUCAUUACCCUAUCGUCUCCAUUGAGGAUCCCUUUGACCAGGAUGAUUGGGCCGCCUGGUCUCACGUUACUGACCAGACUGCCAUCCAAAUCGUUGGUGAUGAUUUAACUGUCACCAACCCUUCACGUAUUGCAACUGCCAUCGAGAAGAAGGCUUGCAAUGCCCUUUUGCUCAAGGUUAACCAGAUCGGUACCAUCACCGAGUCUAUCAAGGCUGCUGUCCUCUCCCAGCAAUCUGGAUGGGGUGUCAUGGUUUCGCAUCGCUCAGGUGAGACUGAAGACUAUACCAUUGCUGACAUUGUUGUUGGUCUCCGCACUGGUCAGAUCAAGACUGGUGCUCCUUGCCGCUCUGAGCGUUUGGCCAAGUACAACCAGCUGCUCCGUAUCGAGGAGGAACUCAAUGGCGAUUCCAUCUAUGCCGGAAAGGACUUCCGCAAGGCUCAUCUCUUGUAAAUAGUUGAGGUCUCCUUCCCUUUCACUUUCAAACAUCUACUUUUUUGUUUCAAAUCAGUGCCCACUUUUUAUGGGAUAUAAUAAAAAAAAGAAAAAAGCCUUCGUUUUGUAAAAUA